AUGGACGUAGCAAGUUUACACAAUAUCUUACUUCAUACAUUCAGCAAUGAUGAUAUAGCACGUAAAGCUGCAGAAGAUGCGGUUGCAAGUCUUCACACUGUCCCUGGUUCGGUACAACUUUUGAUUCAGAUUACUGUCGAGGCCAGCGUAACACGCGAGAUUCGUCAAGCGGCUGCUGUAUCACUAAAGAAUCUAGUGCAAAAAUAUUGGGAAGGUGCUGAUGGAGUAGAAGGACAAUGGGCUCAGGUUAUUAAUCCUACGGAUAAAGCACUGGGUCGUCAGAAUGGACUGGAGGCAUUAUUCGUGUCUCAGGAUUCAAGUAUUCGCUCUCUUUUGGCUGAGACUGUUGCGUACAUUGCCCGGUUUGAUUUUCCCGACUCGUGGCCAACGCUGAUUGAUGAGAUUUGCAAGAAUAUUCAGAGUGGUGAUGCAAAUCGUAUUAUUAAUGCGCUACUGGCAUUGCGACGUGUGGUGAAGAAUUUUGAAUAUCGGUCGGAAGAUCGACUGACUCCACUCUUUAAGCUCGUGGAGGUCGUCUUUCCUAUGCUGCAAAAUAUGAUGGUACAGAUGCAGACUAAUAACUCGAUUGAGGCAGCACAGAUGAUGCAUCUUAUUUUGAAGACGUACUGGUCGUGUGUCAAGACCAAUUUACCUCCGCACAUUGCGCAGACUGAACAGGUUGCGGCCUGGAUGAACAUCUUCCGUAUAAUGAUUGCCAAGCCACUGCCUGAGGCCAACGAAAGCGGUGAGCCCGUUGGACAGCCAACGGAUGAGGAAGAGCGUACCAAUUGGGCCUGGUGGAAACUGAAAAAAUGGGCACUGCAGAUUCUCUGCCGGUUCUACACGCGCUACGGCAACCCCAAGAAGGCCGAGGAGGAGUACAUGCAGAUGAGCACUGUGUUUCGCAACCAGAUUGCCCCAGAGCUUCUUCCGUGCGUGCUCGAAACUCUUGCGUUGCGCAAGAAUGGACGCUUUUGUACAGAUCGCGUGGUACAGCUUGCUGUUGUGUUUCUGCAGGAGGCAGUUGACUCGGCUGUCACAUACAAGCUGAUCAAGCCCCAUCUUGGCUUCUUGCUGUUUGAGGUUAUCCAUCCGGUGUUGUGUUUGACUCCGAAGGACCUGCAGCUAUGGGCUGAGGAUCCACAUGAGUUCGUACGCAAGACGAACGACGUGUUUGAGGAUUUUCUUGAUCCCGUGUACGCCGCGGCAAACUUGCUAGCUGACCUGUGCACAAAGCGUGGCAAGGACUGCUUGCCAAACGUGCUAUCGUUUUACAACAAUAUCCUUAACACAUACAUCUCUGCUCCAGACGACAAGAAGGACUAUAUUCAGAAGGAUGCAGCUCUGCACGCUAUAUUUUCGCUGGACGGUGUGCUCACCAAGUCAAAAGCACACAAAGACCAGGUCGAGUCAAUGAUCAUUACGCACAUUCUGCCAGAGUUUAAGAACCCGCACGGCUUUCUUCGUCUGCGCGCUUGUAAGAUCUUUUCGCGCAAGUACAUUGAGGGCAUCAAGUUUAAAGAUGAGCAGACAUUGAUCAGCAUCGUCAACGGAAUGCUCGACGCUAUGUUUGACCCAGAGCUGCCCGUACGUAUCGAGGCUGCCAAGACAAUUCGUUUUGUUGUAAUGUACCCGCACUCGGACACUGUUGUAGAGGUGCUCCGCCCGCGUUUGCCGCAAAUUCUGGAGCAGUUUUUCAGCCUAAUGGAUGAGAUUGGUAACGACGAGGUUGUUGUUGCUCUUGAGCACAUUAUCGACAGGUUUUCGUCCGAGAUUGAUCCGUUUUCAUUGCAGCUUGUGGCCAAGUUUGUGGAGUUUUUUGGCCAGUUCACUGCUGUCGCCGAAGAAGACGAAGAUGCCUCGCUUGCUGCGGUGUCGUGCCUGGACGCAAUCAACACAAUCCUCAUGAGCAUUCACAACCAUCCGGAGCUGUAUGCUCUGUUGGUACCUACGCUUGCGCCGGUCAUCCACAAGAUCCUCACGGACUUUGACUACGUUGAGUACAUGGAAAGCGGCAUUGAUAUCUUGGGCUCUCUAGCCUUUUACAGCCACAAGAUUGCGCCGCAGCUUUGGGAGCUCUUCCCGCUCGUCUUUGUGAGUUUCAACGACUGGGCAUCAGAUUAUCUGACAAACUUUGUGCCGGUGAUUGACAACUUCGUGGGUCGCGACCCCGAAGGCUUCCUAUCGGGCUUUAUUGCGGACCCUGUUACUGGAACGAACGUGCGUUAUCUUGAGCUAGUAUUCAAUAUGUCCAAGACUGUGUUUGAGAGCAAGAACGUGCAGGAGAUUGACCUAUGCGCUGCUUGUCGCCUGUUAUAUUCGCUGCUGCACAACCUAUUCGGCAAAGUGGACGAGUGCAUUCCUCCCAUCACGCACAUGGUGUGCACCAAGCUGGCGGAACCGCUUGUGGACUCUACCGCGCGUAACUUGCUGGGUGUGUUCGGCAGUCUGCUGCACUAUAACCCCGCGCUCACCCUUGACGCCAUCAAUUCACUCGGAGCUGCUGAUGGUGUUUUGAAAAUCUGGCUGAGUGACCUGUCUCGGUAUGAUAACCAUCUGGACCGCAAGCUGUUCGUGUUGGGCGCAAUGUCGAUUCUGCGUGCACCUGCUGACAAGAUCCCAGUUGCUUUGGGCCCUCACAUUAAGCAACUAAUUCAAGCAGCCAUGAAGGUGCUUGUCGAUUCCAUCAAGAACCCGCCCGCAGGCAUAUUGGAAGGUGGCGGGGAGGCCGAGGGCGAUGAGGAGGACGGUGAGCAUCUUGAGGAACUGCUGGAGAAUGGCGGCUAUGCGUCGAACGAAGAUGCCGAGGAUGUGGUGGAUGACCAGUAUUACGCCAUCUUGCGUCAGCUACGUGAGGAGGCCGAGGGUCAAUUUUGCUAUGAUGAUGAGGGUGACGAUGACUACAUAAGUCUGCUGGAUGAAGUGGACGAGGUGGAAUUUUUCCUGGGUUCGCUGCAGGGUUUCGCUCAAGCUCACGCUCUCGAGUAUCAGGCUUUGGGACUUGAAGCUGACAAUACGGCGCAACAGGCUCUUGUGCUUUUCCAGGCGGAGCACGCAAAGAGAAAGGAGGCUCAGGCUCAAAAAGCUCAGGAGUAA